AGUCGCCACAGCCAGCCACCACGAUCUGAUUUUUUCAAUAUUUGAUUAGCCCGAUGUCUGUUGAGAAUUGGCUGGUUUCACCCUUUGCAAUAUUUUUAUUGAGUGUAUUAUAUAACUACUAUGAAGGAGCGAAAAAUGUCGGGACCCACUGUGACACCAUCUUCUGAAUAUGCGAAUGCCUUUAGUUCUAUUAAUGAACGACCGGUAGAUGAUAUAUCCAUAGAAUUUUUCUAUAAACCUCAUACUAUAACCCUAUUGGCAGUGUCUAUUGCUUCGGUUAUUUAUACUGCGUUUGUCAGGGAUGAAUCAAGUAUUCAAGAAAACAUAUGGUCAGGAAUAUGUUGUGUUGUAUUUUUUUUCCUAAUAAUAUCAGUGCUUACAUUUCCAAAUGGGCCAUUUACAAGACCUCACCCUGCUUUGUGGAGGAUGGUGUUUGGCAUGUCGGUACUAUACCUGCUGGCUCUAUUGUUCUUAUUAUUCCAAAGUUAUUCUACGGUGACUGAGAUAAUGUACUGGAUUGAUCCUAACCUUCGUAAUUUUCACAUAGACAUGGACAAGGAGUAUGCUGUCAAUUGUUCGGAUAUUAGUUUUGCUAAAGUGUGGUCUCAUUGUGACAUAUUUGCCUGGGGACAUUUCCUGGGAUGGACAUUUAAAGCUAUACUGUUCCGGCAUGCUGGCCUGUUGUGGGCAAUAUCUAUCAUGUGGGAAAUUACAGAAAUAGCUUUCGCACAUUUGCUGCCAAAUUUUCUUGAAUGUUGGUGGGAUUCAGUGAUAUUGGAUGUAUUGGUCUGUAACGGUUUGGGCAUUUGGUUUGGCCUAAAGAUUUGUAAAGUGUUAGAAAUGAGAGAAUACAAAUGGGUCAGCAUAAGGGAUAUUUCAUCUACUACUGGCAAGAUCAAAAGAGCAAUUCUUCAAUUCACCCCUGUCCAAUGGGCCCCAGUGCGAUGGCUGGACCCUACUUGCACCUACAUGAGGUUUUUCGCAUUGGCCCAACUUGUUGUAUUUUGGCAGAUAUCCGAAUUGAAUACAUUCUUCUUGAAACAUAUAUUCGAAAUGCCGCCGUCACACCCGCUGGUCAGCGCCCGGCUGUGCCUCAUCGGAGUCAUUGUGGCUCCGUCUGUCAGGCAAUAUUACAUUUACGUAACAGACCCCAAUUGCAAAAGAGUUGGAACGCAAUGCUGGGUAUACGGCGCCAUAAUGGUAACGGAAUCCAUGCUGUGUAUCAAAAAUGGGAAACAGCUGUUUGGUCAGGCGCAGAUGUGUAACGUUGUUGUGUGGCUGAUCAUUCAAAUACUAGUCUCAGUAGGAUGUGUUUAUGGAGUCGUCGCCUACCAUCAAUAUUUUGCGCGCUGGAGCCAGAGAGGAUCAGCCUCCGAGAGCUCCCGGAAAGACGAUUAAUGAUGGAUUGCUACACUACCGGAAGUGUUUACUCUAUGAAAAGAACAUUAUAUCGAAUGAAUUAGAUAUUAAUUAUGAUUAAGUAGCAAAUAAUAGAUAUAUUAUUUAUUCUAUCUAAGUAAACAUGCGUCCGGAGAACGGAACCAUUUAGCUGUGACUACCCAA